CGAUUUAAUAUCAGGCCGAUCUACAGAUGUAACUGUUUUCGAUGAGUUUUUGUCUAUCGAUAAGGUUUUGGUGCUGCGGAAGUGCGCAUGACCAUGGAGGUAGCUUUGACGUCACCAGGACGAAGGACAUAACAAACCCCGCACAAUAAAAACACAACAAACAGGGUAGGCAAGCAAUUGGACGUUAUUAAGACACUGUUAUGAAGCUAACUCUGCGUCGGUACUCCUGGGUGCUGCUGCUCCAGUUCGCCCUUUUGGGAGUAGACCUCUUCUUCAAUGCCUUUGGGCCUUCUCUUGCCAGGAACCGAUUGCAGACAGUCAUAUUUCUCUUUGUCACCCAGGACGCCCUGAUCAUUGCGGAAUACCUGCUGUUUACCCUUGCGUUGCACUCAACGUGUGCCUACCAGGUCGGUGCCUCGCACAUAAUCCUGCGGAACUGCAAGCUCUUCAUGGCCAGCAUUACCAUAUACUUCCUACUGUCCGCCUCCCAGCACUUUUGGAUCAUCUACCAGUACCGCCAGGACCCAGGCGAGGACGGCCAGCAUUGGCCAUUGGGCCUUAUUGCUUUGUCAGUGGGCCAACGCAUCAUGUCGGUUUUGUAUUACUACAGCUCAAAAUCGACGGCUCUGACCAUGGCGGAUCCUCGCUUUAAGGAAGAACAUCUCGACUGGAUCGCAGAUCAGCUCGGAGAUAAGUAAUAAAGUAAAUAAAAUUGACUUUGAAGUACUGAGUGAAUCCAGAUGAGAUGGGUUAGAAUCAAAUAUUUGAUGUCGUCCGAUCAGAAAUACAAGCAGAUCCGAUUAGGUACAUAGGUCUGAGACUAAUUUGCACAAAGAGCAAUAGUCUGGUAGGCUGGCAAUGUAUAAAUUAAUGAGUUAAGCUCAAAAAACACGAUCUUAUGUUUAUUCUUGGAUGCACAGAUCGACACGGUUACAAUGUUUAUCUACCCAAUUUUUUAUAUCUGAAUUCUUAAAAAUUAUUGUUACUAAAUUACAUAACAUCGCUCAAAAAUAAAUUUAUCUUAAUUAUUUUCA